GCCAUCUUGCGGCAGUCACAGCUUUGAGUACAUCCAUUCCCAGUCUGUGAUGUCUAACCAACCGGAAGCGCGGAUUGAUUCCUCCAUGGCCAACAAGGGCGGAUAGAAAAAAGGGAGAAAUCAGACGAGUCCUUAUUAAAUAAUAAGCUAUUAAGCAUCGACCGGAAUUUGUCAAUAGGAAGAGGAAAGCGGUCAAAUCUUAAACUGAGUGAUUCUCCGCUGGAAGAAGGGAUUAUUCUGAGGAAUAUGGGAUCUACCUUCAGGGUCCUUACCUGCUGGGCACCGUAAUGGUGCUACCUAUCCCAGCUGAGCACUUCGCUUCCCUCUGAAGGAGCAGGAUGACAAGAUGGCACAGCUGCUUAUACCGCCCGGACCUGACAGCUUCCGCCCCUUCGUCCCCGAGUCGCUGGCCGCCAUCGAAAGGCGCAUCGCCGAGGAGGAGGCCCAGAGACCACGGGUGGAGCGCCGCAGCGACAGCGACGAUGAAAAUGGGCCCAAGCCCAACAGCGAUGUGGAGGCGGGGAAAUCUCUCCCCUUCAUUUAUGGGGACAUCCCUCCCGGCCUGGUGUCCACUCCUCUGGAGGACAUCGACCCCUACUAUAGCAGUCAGAAGACCUUCAUAGUAUUGAAUCGUGGGAAGGCAAUCUUCCGUUUCAAUGCCACUCCUGCUUUGUACAUCUUAAGUCCCUUCAAUCCUCUGCGGAGGAUAGCUAUUAAAGUUUUAGUGCACUCGAUGUUCAGCAUAUUGAUCAUGUUCACGAUCCUGACCAACUGUGCUUUCAUGACCCUCAGUAAUCCCCCAGAUUGGGCCAAGAAUGUAGAGUACACAUUUACGGGGAUUUACACCUUUGAGUCCCUUAUAAAGAUCCUGGCCAGGGGCUUCUGUGUGGGGAAGUUCACUUUCUUGCGAGACCCGUGGAACUGGCUGGACUUCAGUGUUAUCCUCAUGGCAUAUGUCACAGAGUUUGUGGACAUGGGCAAUGUCUCAGCACUGCGAACCUUCAGGGUUCUGCGAGCACUGAAAACUAUAUCAGUCAUCCCAGGUUUGAAGACUAUUGUUGGUGCACUGAUCCAGUCAGUGAAAAAGCUGUCAGAUGUGAUGAUCCUCACCGUGUUCUGUCUCAGUGUCUUUGCCCUCAUCGGCCUCCAGCUCUUCAUGGGCAACCUGAGGCAGAAGUGCGUGCGCAUUCCUUUGGGCAGCAACACAACUUUGAACAACACACAUGAAAGCAACAACACAUUGGUGGAGAACAUCACAUUGGUGGAGAACAUCACAUUCAUGGAGAACAUCACAAAAAACUCCUUCGACUGGAUAGAGUACAUCAAUGAUGAGAGAAAUUACUAUUACCUCCCUGGCCGUAGGGAUGCUCUGCUCUGUGGAAAUGGCAGUGGUGCUGGGGUCUGCCCAGAGGGCUUUUCAUGUUUGAAAGCAGGUCGCAAUCCAGACUACGGCUACACCAGCUUUGACACCUUCAGCUGGGCCUUCCUGUCCUUGUUCCGCCUCAUGACCCAAGACUACUGGGAAAACCUCUACCAGCAGACUUUGCGUGCAGCAGGGAAGCCCUACAUGAUCUUCUUCGUGCUGGUGAUCUUUCUGGGGUCUUUUUACCUGGUCAACCUGAUCUUGGCUGUGGUGGCCAUGGCUUAUGACGAGCAAAACCAGGCCACCAUCGAGGAGGCCCAGCAGAAAGAGGAGGAGUUCCAGGCUAUGCUGGAGCAGCUGAAGAGACAGCAGGAGGAGGCACAGGUUGCCGCGGCAGCAGCCACAGAGAGUGGCGAAUACAGCGGGAGAGGACGCCCUACCUCCGAGUCCUCCUCAGGGACAUCUAAGCUCAGCUCGAAAAGCGCCAAAGAGCGACGCAACAGGCGGAAGAAGAGGAAGCAGAGGGAGGAAGAGGAGGAGAGGGGGUGCCGUGACAAGUUCCACAAAUCUGAGUCUGAGGACAGCAUCAAGAGGUCCAGCUUCCGUUUCUCUAUUGAUGCCAACAGGCUUUCUUAUGAGAAGAGAUGCUCUUCACCCAACCAGUCUCUUCUCAGUAUCCGUGGCUCAAUCUUCUCACCUCGGAGGAACAGCCGUGCAAGUCUUUUCAGCUUCCGUGGCCGGGCGCGAGACAUGGGCUCCGAGAACGACUUUGCGGAUGACGAGCACAGCACCUUUGAGGAGAGCGACAGUCGCCGGGGCUCCUUGUUCUUGCCGCGCCGCCUCGAGCGCCGGUGCAGUGCCGUUAGCCAGACCAGCCUCGGAGCACCUCGGAUAAUGCUGCCCGCCAAUGGCAAGAUGCACUGUGCAGUAGACUGCAACGGUGUGGUGUCACUGGUCGGUGGAACUUCUGUAACAACCUCUCCUGUAGGUCUCCUGCUGCCUGAGGGGACAACUACAGAUACUGAGCUUAAGAAACGGCGGUCGGGUUUUCACCAGCCAUCUAUGGAUUAUUUAAAUGAACCAGGUGGCCGACAGAGAGCCAUGAGUGUGGCCAGUAUCCUCACCAACACUAUGGAAGAACUUGAAGAGUCGAGACAAAAAUGCCCUCCUUGCUGGUAUAGAUUUGCCAACACCGGCCUGAUCUGGGAUUGUUGUCCUGCGUGGCUGAAAAUCAAAGAGAUUGUCAGCAUGGUGGUCAUGGAUCCAUUUGUGGAUCUAGCAAUCACAAUUUGCAUAGUCCUCAACACCCUUUUCAUGGCCAUGGAGCAUUACCCCAUGACAGAAGAAUUUGAUAAUGUCCUUUCUGUGGGAAACUUGGUGUUUACAGGCAUCUUCACAGCAGAGAUGUGCUUUAAGAUUAUCGCUCUGGAUCCCUACUAUUACUUCCAGGAGGGCUGGAACAUCUUUGAUGGCAUUAUUGUUAGCCUCAGCCUGAUGGAGCUUGGCUUGGCUAACGUUGAAGGGCUGUCUGUACUCAGGUCCUUCAGAUUGCUGAGAGUCUUCAAACUAGCCAAGUCUUGGCCCACUUUGAACAUGCUCAUCAAGAUCAUCGGUAACUCUGUGGGUGCUCUGGGAAAUUUGACUCUGGUGCUGGCCAUCAUCGUGUUCAUCUUCGCUGUGGUGGGCAUGCAGAUGUUUGGCAAAAACUACAAGGAGUGCGUGUGUAAGAUUUCAGAGGACUGCAUGUUGCCCCGCUGGCACAUGCACGAUUUCUUCCACUCCUUCCUUAUCGUGUUCCGGGUGCUGUGCGGAGAGUGGAUUGAGACCAUGUGGGACUGCAUGGAGGUGGCAGGACAGACUAUGUGUCUUAUCGUCUUCAUGAUGGUCAUGGUGAUUGGAAACCUGGUGGUUCUAAAUCUCUUCCUGGCUCUCCUACUGAGUUCAUUCAGUGCCGACAACCUGGCGGCAACCGAUGAGGACAGCGAGAUGAACAACCUGCAAAUUGCUGUGGGCAGGAUCCAGCGGGGCAUCGCAUUUGUCAAAAACGCAGUGCGGCAGUUCCUCCAGAGCUUGUGCUUUGGCAGGGGCGGAAAGGGCUCUGGUCUUGCUGAGGAAAGCAAACCCCUGGAUGAACUACACAGCAAUGGCAAGGGCAACUGCAUUUCCAAUCACACAACAGUGGAAAUCACCAAAGACCCCAGUGGGGUGUACAUGAGGGAGGGCAACGGACGACCAGGAGGGCUGGUGGUUGGGGUCAGUGUAGGACGGGACAGUACGGGAAAAUACCCAGUUGAGGACUGUGACUACAUGUCAUUUAUUCAUAACCCCAGCCUGACAGUCACGGUGCCUAUUGCUGUGGGCGAGUCAGACUUUGAGAACCUAAACACAGAAGAUUUCAGUAGCGACUCAUCUGACGUGGAGGGCAGCAAAGAGAAGCUCGACGUAGAGCCCCAGCCACUGAGCUCAUCGGAGGGGAGCACAGUCGAUAUCCGCCCCCCUGGAGAUGGGGUUGAUUCAGUGGAGCUGGAACCUGAGGAGUCACUGGACCCAGAAGCCUGCUUUACAGAGGGCUGUGUGCGCAGGUUCCAGUGCUGCCAGAUCAGUGAGGAGGGAGACAAGUUUAAGAGCUGGUGGACACUCAGGAAAACCUGCUUUAUCAUAGUAGAGCAUAACUGGUUUGAAUCCUUCAUCAUAUUCAUGAUUCUGCUGAGCAGUGGAGCACUGGCUUUUGAGGACAUUUACAUCGAGCAGCGGCGGACCAUCAAAACCGUGCUAGAGUACGCAGACAAAGUGUUCACUUACAUCUUCAUCCUUGAAAUGCUGUUAAAGUGGGUGGCAUAUGGCUUUGUCAAGUACUUCACCAAUGCCUGGUGCUGGCUGGACUUCUUAAUUGUAGACGUGUCCUUGGUCAGCCUGGUAGCAAAUGCUCUGGGCUACUCUGAGCUUAGUGCCAUCAAAUCUCUGAGGACACUGCGAGCUCUACGGCCCCUGAGGGCCUUGUCUCGGUUUGAGGGCAUGAGGGUUGUGGUGAAUGCAUUGCUGGGAGCCAUCCCCUCCAUCAUGAACGUGCUGCUGGUCUGCCUCAUAUUUUGGCUCAUCUUCAGCAUCAUGGGUGUCAACCUGUUUGCGGGCAAGUACUACUACUGCGUCAAUGCCACCACGGAUGAGCCCUUCCCUAGCGAAGUCGUCAACAACAAGUCUGACUGCCUGAGCUUGAAUGACAGUGCCCGCUGGAAGAAUGUUAAAAUCAACUUUGACAAUGUGGGAGCCGGCUAUCUGGCUCUGUUGCAAGUGGCAACAUUUAAGGGUUGGAUGGACAUCAUGUAUGCAGCUGUGGACUCUCGGGAUUUGGAAGAACAGCCUAAAUAUGAAGUAAACUUGUACAUGUACCUCUACUUUGUCAUCUUCAUCAUCUUUGGCUCCUUCUUCACACUCAACCUUUUCAUUGGUGUCAUUAUCGACAACUUCAAUCAGCAGAAGAAAAAGUUGGGAGGUCAGGACAUCUUCAUGACUGAAGAACAGAAGAAAUACUACAACGCCAUGAAGAAGCUGGGGUCCAAGAAGCCGCAGAAACCUAUACCUCGACCAACAAAUGCGUUUCAAGGCUGUGUCUUUGACUUCAUCACAAAGCAGGCCUUUGACAUCGUGAUCAUGAUCCUCAUCUGCCUUAACAUGGUGACCAUGAUGGUAGAGACGGAUGACCAGACGAAAGAGAUGGACCAUAUCCUGUACUGGAUUAAUCUGGUCUUUAUUGUGCUCUUCACUGGGGAGUGUGUGCUCAAGAUGAUUUCACUGCGUCACUAUUACUUCACCAUUGGCUGGAAUAUUUUUGACUUUGUGGUGGUGAUCCUUUCGAUUGUAGGCAUGUUUUUAUCUGAAGUUAUCGAGAAGUACUUUGUGUCCCCGACACUGUUCCGAGUGAUACGAUUGGCCAGGAUAGGCCGAAUCCUCCGCCUUAUCAAAGGUGCCAAGGGCAUCCGGACGCUUCUCUUUGCCUUGAUGAUGUCACUCCCUGCCCUGUUCAACAUUGGCCUCCUCCUCUUUCUUGUUAUGUUUAUCUAUGCCAUUUUUGGCAUGUCCAACUUUGCUUAUGUCAAGCGGGAGGCAGGAAUCGAUGACAUGUUCAAUUUCGAGACCUUUGGGAACAGUAUGAUCUGUUUGUUUCAGAUUACCACCUCAGCUGGGUGGGAUGGCCUGCUGGCACCCAUACUUAACAAGAGGGACCCUGACUGUGAGAGCCAGCUGGAGCACCCAGGCAACUCCUACAAAGGCAAUUGUGGCAAUCCAUCAGUAGGCAUCUUCUUCUUUGUCAGCUACAUCAUCAUCUGCUUUCUCAUUGUGGUCAACAUGUACAUUGCUGUGAUCCUGGAAAACUUUAGCGUGGCCACUGAGGAGAGUGCCGAGCCACUGAGCGAGGAUGACUUUGAGAUGUUCUAUGAAGUGUGGGAACGCUUUGAUCCUGAUGCCACGCAGUUUGUGGCGUACAGCAAACUCUCUGACUUUGCAGAUGCUCUAGAUCCACCUCUACGCAUACCCAAGCCUAAUAUGAUUCAGCUCAUCUCCAUGGACCUGCCCAUGGUGAGUGGUGAGCGCAUCCACUGCCUCGAUAUUCUGUUUGCCUUCACUAAAAGAGUUUUGGGUGAAGGCGGUGAAAUGGACAUGUUGCGCGGACAGAUGGAGGACCGCUUUAUGGCCUCCAACCCCUCUAAGGUGUCUUACGAGCCCAUCACCACCACGUUGCGCCGCAAACAGGAGGAAAUGUCUGCUAUAAUCAUCCAGAGAGCCUUCCGGCGCUACAUGAUCCGCCUGGCCAUGAAGAAGGCCUCAGCCCUCUACAAGGAGCAGUUGAAAGAGGGCAUGCAUGACCCUGACAAGGAUGUGAUGGUCAUCAGCAAGUUCAAUGAGAACUCCACGUCAGAGAAAAUGGACAUGACCCCCUCCACAGCCUCCCCGCCAUCAUAUAACAGUGUGACAAAGUCAGAUAAGGACAAAUACGAAAAAGAAAAUAGGGAAAGAGAAAAUAAAGCAAAAGACUUGAAAGACAGAAAGAAAUAGACUUCUUAAAAAGGAACAACAACAAAAAAAGAAUGCAUCAGAGACAUGAGGGAACUUUGUUUAAAGCUUAUAUAUAUAGGGGAUAUAUAGAUUCACAUUUGUGUUGAUUGUUCCAACAUGAGGAGUCUGUGCCAUGUAGGCAUGGAAUGGGAAUGUGGUUAUGUCAAUAUAUGGGGAAUACGAAAACAAACUGUCCAGCAGACACUGCCAGAGUUUGAGUGGGAAACAGAACAGCCUCUCUGCAAAACGCUUGUGAUUCUCCUAUUGGUUGUUGUUACUGACACACUUGAGUGUACUGUUAAGUUUUCUGUAGCUAGUGCUGCUGCUACUACUAUAAAUCCAGUGUCUUGAAUUUAACAAUCGCUGUAUCACUUAACAAUUGCUCCACAUUCUUCUGUGAAUUUUCCUUUCCAGUUUCCAGUUUCGUUUUUUUAAUGCGAAAGAAUGUUUUCUACAUUGUUUUGUUUCAUUAUCGUGAGAAUGUGUCCACUGCUUUCACUGUUGUAAAAUCACCAAGGGCAGACUAAGUCAAUGCUGGAAAAUACAACAACCACCUGAAACUCGUACAAUGCAGGGUCAAUGCCAGAAUGCUCUUGGUUCAUACAGUAUACAAAGCUGAAAUAACGAACACGCCACUAAAGUGCAAUGAACAUUGCAUUUACUGAUGUACCAUCACUGAUUGUUGAAAUCUGUAUUGUUCCUAUUUCAGUAGAAAUUACAAGUCUCCAAAUACAGAGAAGCUGAAUGUAUGCAAGCAAAGGAAUGAGACGCAUUAAAGGAAACUUGUUCCUUGGGAAAUACUCUUGAUUGCUCUUUUAUAGAGAGUUUGAUGACAAAAUUGCUACCACUCCCAUUUCCAUCUAUUUAGUAUAAAGCUAGAGCCAAGGGAUUGUUAGCUGAACUGAGCAUGAAGGCCAGACUCGGGCUAAAAGUGUCAAACAUCUAGAUUUUUUGUUUGAGAAUGUAUGUAUAUAUAAAAUUGAGGUAAUUUUAGCAUACUAAUAAAAUAGCAGCAGAAGCCUUACACAAAUUCACGUAUGGAAUUGAUAAAGUCUUUGUUAGUAAAUUUAACUAUAGUCCCAUCAAGCCAGAGCACAGUCACUGCAAAAAGGUUCCAGAUGAUGAUGUAUA